AUGUCUUCUCGUCUUCUUUCAACAAGCGGAGUUGAACAAAACGAAAGGAAAAAUCAUUCAGAUAUAAACAGAAAAACUGUUUGGAAAUUUUAUGAAAUUGCUUCAUGUCGUAUUGGUUGUGGUUGCGGGGGCAAAAUUAAUCAAUUAAAGGCAGAUGCUAUGCGGCAAGUACACGAAUCAACAAUGAGACAAUUUCUCAACAUGUUAGUUGAUACAAUUCCAACCCUUUAUCUGAUGCUAAAAACGAAAUCAACUCUCAGACAACAAAGUUGUUCAGAUGACAUAACUUGA